UGCAUUCUUCAAUCUUCGCCUCUCUAUACGUCUUUCUUUGUCGUGUCUUAGCAGGAUACGGGGACAUACCCCCCCCCCUCCCCACAGCAGAUAAGUUUACACCUCUCAACAACAUUGUGCGUUCCAGACCCUGAAUUUGGUGGGACUUGUUCUCUUUUCUCUGUAAUCAAUUUUGCAUUUUUCCUUACAUUGACUUGUGACGAAAGAAUCGACUAUCAUAGUGCUUCCUGUUUAAAGAAUUUGCGGAGGAAGAGGAGACAAGAUGAAGUACGUGUUGGUGACGGGAGGAGUAGUGAGCGGGCUGGGGAAAGGAGUUACUGCUAGCAGUAUCGGUCUCAUCCUCAAGGCCAGUGGACUACGUGUUACUUCCAUCAAGAUUGAUCCUUACUUAAAUACUGAUGCGGGAACCAUGUCUCCUUUUGAGCAUGGAGAAGUAUUUGUUCUAGACGAUGGUGGAGAGGUGGACCUGGAUCUUGGAAACUACGAACGGUUUUUGGACAUAACUUUGACAAGAGACAAUAAUAUAACUACUGGAAAAAUUUACCAGUCUGUGAUUGAGAAGGAGAGAAAGGGAGAUUAUUUGGGUCAAACUGUUCAGGUAGUACCUCAUGUGACAAAUGCUAUUCAAGAAUGGAUUGAACGUGUGGCCAUUACACCAGUAGAUGGGGAAGAGGGUCCAGCUGACGUUUGUGUCAUUGAAUUGGGUGGCACUAUAGGGGACAUUGAAUCAAUGCCUUUCAUUGAGGCGUUGGGACAACUUUCACAUCGCGCAGGUGCUGGAAACUUUUGCUCGGUACAUGUCAGUCUGGUGCCUGUUCUACAUGUCGUCGGAGAACAGAAAACAAAACCAACACAGCAGAGUGUAAGGGGACUAAGAAGCCUGGGUCUGACUCCAAAUAUCUUAGCCUGCCGCAGCACUACGGAACUUGAUGGAAAUGUCAAGGAAAAACUUUCUCGUUUUUGCCAUGUUCCGAUAGAGAACAUCAUCACACUAUAUGAUGUUACCAACAUCUGGCGUGUGCCUUUACUCUUGCAAGAUCAGAAGGCGCAUGAGGUGAUUUUGAAGUCCCUGAACCUCAAAGGGUAUGCUUUAAAACCAGCUUUGGGGGAAUGGAUAUCUAGGGCAGAUCUUUGUGAUGUGUUGCAUGAUCCUGUUAGAGUUGCUAUGGUUGGAAAAUACACUGGCCUUACAGACUCCUAUCUCUCUGUGUUAAAGGCGCUUUUGCAUGCUUCUGUUGCUUGCUAUAGGAAAUUGUGUGUGGAUUGGGUUCCAGCCAGUGACCUUGAAGAUGCAACGAAAAAAGAGAAUCCCAAUACUUAUAAGAGCGCUUGGAAUUUGUUGAAGGGAGCAGAUGCCGUACUAGUUCCUGGAGGAUUCGGCGACAGAGGACUGGAGGGUAAAAUUCUAGCUGCAAAGUAUGCCCGUGAAAACAGGAUUCCAUACCUUGGUAUAUGUCUAGGAAUGCAAAUUUCAGUGAUUGAAUUUGCGCGAUCUGUCCUGGGACUGCAAGAUGCGAACAGCACAGAAUUUGAUCCCAACACUCAGAACCCUUGUGUUAUUUUCAUGCCAGAGGGGUCUAAAACCCAUAUGGGUGGCACAAUGCGUCUUGGAUCCAGGAGGACGUACUUCCAGUGUACGUCAAGUAAAUCUGCAAAGCUGUAUGGCAACAGAAGUUUUGUUGAUGAGAGACAUCGACACAGAUACGAGGUAAAUCCUGAUAUGGUUCCACGACUUGAAGAAGCUGGUCUUUCCUUUGCUGGAAAAGACGAAACUGGUUGUCGCAUGGAGAUUGUUGAGCUUCCUACUCAUCCUUACCUUGUUGGCGUUCAAUUUCACCCUGAGUUUAAAUCAAGACCAGGAAGGCCUUCUGCUCUUUUCUUAGGCACAAGUUGAGAGGUUGUGAGGGUGAUCUGCUAAAUUGUUGUGGUCAGAGCUUUCCUCAUUCUGCUAAGCAGAGGCAUUAAAUUAUAGCAUGAAAAUGAGGCUUUUAUAUUGCAAUGUAGGAUUGGGGAGUAUUUCUGGUGGGAGUUCCGUGGAAUGUUGUGACUACUGACUAGCGUGCUAAAUUCUAUGCUCCAUCUUUGUUGAUAGAUCUCAACGUUUACGGGCACAUUUGUCAUUAAAUACUAGAUUUGCUUUGAAUUUGUUCGAUAAAUGGCUGAUUGAAAUUUAGUAUCCGAAUAUGGUAGGAAUAGUGCUGUGAGGGCAAAAUCAUCUCCAAAAAGGCACAAACUAGUUUGUUCAGCAGUUGAUAAUGAAGUGCUAAGUCUUGUUUUUUGGUACAGUAAGAAAACCUUAUUCCAUUAGCUUCAAAAGUUCGUCCCGUAUAGAUUUAUUCAAUUUCUGGUAUAGAUUUACUUCUCUGUUAGUUAUAAAUUUCAAUUUCUGGGUAUAAAUUCCAUAUAACAACAUUUUUA